UCUCCCCUUUUCUCCUCACUCUUUUUCUAUACCUUGCUCUUGAAGGAAUUAAACACCGAUCGAUAACCAUGUCGCCGGUAACCAUAUCCACUUUUCUCUUCAUCUUGUUUGCGUUGUCGUCGGCGGCCACGUGGAGAAGCGACGAUGAGGUGAGAAGUAUGUACAAUUCCUGGCUUGCGAAGCACGGGAAGGCGUACAACGGUAUCGGAGAGGAAGAGAGGAGGUUCCAGAUCUUCAAGGAUAAUUUGAGGUUUAUUGACGAGCAUAACUCUCAGAAUUGGACCUACAGGCUUGGAUUGACUAAGUUCGCCGAUUUGACUAACGAAGAGUAUCGAGCCAUGUAUCUCGGCACUAGAACCGACGGUAUGCGUCGUGUCAUGAAAUCGAAGAUCGCAAGCCAGAGAUACGUUCCCCGUCCCGACGAUAAGUUGCCGGAGUCCGUCGAUUGGAGGAAGAGAGGAGCUGUUAAUCCGGUGAAAGAUCAAAGAGACUGCGGAAGUUGCUGGGCAUUCUCUACUGUGGCUGCAGUGGAAGGCAUAAACCAGAUUGUCACUGGCGACUUAAUCUCCUUAUCAGAACAAGAAUUGGUGGAUUGUGACAGAUCAUACAACGCUGGAUGCGAUGGAGGCCUCAUGGACUAUGCCUUCCAGUUCAUAAUUGACAAUGGUGGCAUCGACACUGAGCAAGAUUACCCCUACCUUGCCGUUGAUGAUGUUUGUGAUCCAGCUCGGAAGAAUGAAAAGGUUGUUACUAUUGAUGGGUACGAGGAUGUUAAACCUUAUGAUGAGAAAGCUUUGAAGAAGGCUGUGGCACAUCAGCCUGUGAGCAUUGCCAUAGAGGCCGGUGGCAUGGCAUUGCAGCUAUACGAAUCUGGCGUAUUUACUGGGGAAUGUGGGACAGCUCUAGACCAUGGUGUUGUUGCUGUUGGGUAUGGCACAGAGAAUGGUGUGGACUAUUGGCUUGUGAGGAACUCAUGGGGCAAAUACUGGGGCGAGGAAGGGUACAUCAAGAUACAGCGAAAUGUGUUUGAAACUAAGACGGGCAAAUGUGGCAUUGCAAUGGAGGCUUCCUAUCCUGUUAAGAAUGGGCCAAAUCCUAGCAUAUCUUACAAGCCUGGUGAAACAGCAGAGAAAUUGGUUAGCAGUUCUUAAAAGUGUUCGAUGCUUGAGAGCUCUCUCUGUUGCUGUUUGGGGAGGUAUUAACGAAAAAUUAUGAAAUAAUGGUGUUCAGUUCAGCAUGACUAUGCCACCAAUUCCAUCCUGAUCUAUGUUAACCACUGGACAGGAGGACCAUCUAUGUUAUAGUUGGAUCAAUACUGUUGUACAAAGAUUGCCAUUUAUCAAAAACUUCAAAGCAGCAACUGGAAAACUUAUUUUAUUAUGUGCAAAGCAAUGUCAUUUCUUUUGCAUGCUUAAUCUUUAUCUUUC